CUCUCCCACUCCUUCCUCUUUUACUUCUUGUUUUCCAUUUUUUUUUUCUCCCUUGUAGGAGGAGAUGGGUUCACAUAGGGAGCCAUGGCCAUCUCUUUACCGUAACAGGAGCAACCACAUCUACAUCAAGCUCUUCGUUUCCACCCUUCUUGUGGUGAUCUCCUAUCGCCUCCUCUUCUCCUGCUCCGCCCCCUUCUUUUCCUUCUCUAACCCACCAACCACUGCUGAGGGAGCUGUGGCUUCUGAAGUUGGAGUUGGGGUUGAGGAAACUCGGAAAGAAACUACAGUUAUUGCGGAGGCAGCAAAUCCUCAAAUGGCGUCAGAUGAUGAAGAAGUUUUUCAAGAAGAACAAUGUGAUCUUUUCGCUGGAGAAUGGAUACCAAAUCCUUCAGGACCAGCUUAUACAAAUGCGAGCUGCCGUUUUAUUGAAGAUCAUCAGAACUGUAUGUUGAAUGGAAAGCCUGACACAGGGUAUCUUUACUGGAAAUGGAAACCAUACGGUUGUGACAUACCACCAUUGGAUGCCAAGAAGUUUCUAGAUGCCAUGCGGAAUAAAAGUUGGGCGCUCAUUGGUGACUCGAUUCUUCGCAAUCAUGCCCAAUCAUUGAUUUGCCUUCUAUCCAAGGCAGAAGAAGCUGUUGAGGUCAACCACGACGAAAAUUUCAAAUCGCGAGAAUGGCGCUUCCCCUCCCACAACUUCACCGUCUCUCUUCUCUGGGCUCCUUUUCUAAUCAAGUCUGAAACUUUCGAGAACGAAGACGGUGAGUCAAAAUCCGAAAUCCAGCUCCAUCUCGACGAACUGGACCCGAAAUGGAUCAACCAAUACGAAAGCUUUGACUACGUAGUCAUAUCGGGCGGGCAAUGGUUCUUGAAGACCGUGAUCGUUUGGCAGAACGGAACAGUCAUCGGCUGCCACUACUGCCCGGGAAAGAACUUACCUGAGCUCGGGGUGGAGUACAUUUACCGAAAUGCCCUCCGGAUGGCCUUCAACUUCAUCACCUCUUCAUCUCGCAAGCCGCGUGUUAUAUACAGGACGUACCACUUCGAAGACGGCGAGUGGUUUAACGGCGGGAAGUGUGAUAGGACGGUGCCGUAUAAGGAAGGUGAGUUCAAAGGUAAAAAUAUAGACCAUUUAAUGCGGAGGGUCGAGCUGGAAGAGUUCAAGAGGGUGGAAGGUGCAGGGCAUGCUGCUCCGCUAAAGCUGAUGGAUACUUACCAUCUUUCGUUGCUACGGCCGGACGGGCACGCGGGCCCUUACAGACAAUUUCGUCCCUUUGAUAAGGGUAGGAAUGUGAAAGUACAAACCGAUUGCUUGCACUGGUGCGUGCCGGGGCCGAUAGAUGCUUGGAACGAUUUAAUGAUGGAAAUGGUGAUGAAUGAGUGAAAGUGCGAAAAUAUAUGUAGAUAUUGAAUUGUUUGGAGAGUAAGGAGGAGGGGGGUUUUUCUGAGCUAACAAUUCGCGGGGGAUUAGUUUGUGUUUGUAUGAUGAGUUGUGAUUACUUGUAAAAGUGAAGAGUUCGCGGUUGAUCUAUUCUUUGUUGGCUUCAGCUGUUACUAAAACAAACUUGAUGUGGGAUUUAUUCUGCCCUUAGUUUUGGUCUU